AUGCCCACCGCAUCCGCAUAUCCCUCCUUCGAGGUCCCCAACACGGACCUCUGGGGCCUCCUCUUCGAGCGCAAGGACCGCGCAUUUCCAGACGACAAAGUAAUCUACCUCGACCCCUCCACCUCCCGCUCCUACACCUACGCGCAGGUCAAACAAACCGCCCUCGACUUCGGCGCCGGCCUCCGCGCGCUGUGGGACUGGCAAAAAGGCGACGUCCUCGCGCUCUACACGCCCAACUGCAUCGACACCCCCGCCAUAACAUGGGGCACGCACUGGGCGGGCGGGGUGCUCUCUCCCGCCAACCCGGGCUACACGGCCGAGGAGUUGGCCUUCCAGCUCAAGGAUGCCGGGGCCAAGGCGCUGGUCACGCAGAUGCCGUUCCUGGCGAAUGCGCGGAAGGCGGCGAAGAUGGUGGGGCUGGACGAGAGCAGGAUUGUGGUGAUGGGGGACGAGAGGGAUGGGACGGGGAGGGUGAAGCAUUUUUCGAGUAUACGGAACACGAGUGGGGCGACGAGGUAUAGGAAGAGGAAGGUUGAUCCGAAGGAGGAUCUGGCGUUUUUGGUGUACUCGUCUGGCACAACGGGACAUCCUAAGGGGGUCAUGCUCACACAUAGGAAUAUUGUGAGUAAUGUGCUUAUGAUCAAGGCGGGCGAGGGCGGGAAGCUGGGGUGGAACAACGGCGCCGACGGCUCAGGGGACCGCGUGUUGGCGUUUUUGCCCUUCUUCCAUAUUUACGGCCUCACCUGCCUGAUACACCAAUCCCUCUACACCGGCUUCACGCUCGUCGUAAUGUCCAAAUUCGACAUCGAGUCCUUCUGCCGCAUCAUCCAAGCCCACCGGAUAACCUUCGCCUACGUCGUGCCCCCCGUGGUCCUACUCCUCUCCAAACACCCCAUCGUCGCCAAAUACGACCUCUCCUCCGUGCGCAUGAUGAACUCCGGCGCCGCGCCGCUGACGCGCGAGCUCGUGGAAGCGCUCCACGCACGCCUCAAGAUCCCAGUGAAGCAGGGCUACGGCCUCAGCGAAACAAGUCCCACGACGCACACGCAGCCGUGGGAGACGUGGAACACGACGAUCGGGUCAGUCGGGACGCUGCUGCCGAACCAGGUGGCCAAGUACAUGUCUCCCGAGGAGACGGAGGUGCCCGCGGGCCAGACGGGGGAGCUGUGGAUCCAGGGCCCCAACAUCUUCAAGGGCUAUCUGAACAACGAAGCCAUGACCGCCAACGCCCUGACCGCGGACGGGUAUUUCAAAACCGGGGAUGUCGGCUUCCAGGAUAAGGACGGCAACUUCUACAUCACGGACCGCGUCAAGGAACUUAUCAAGUACAAGGGCUUCCAGGUCCCGCCGGCUGAGCUCGAGGGCCUGCUGCUGAGCCACCCGUGCAUAGAGGACGUGGCGGUCGUGGGCGUGUACGACAAGGCGCAGGCGACGGAGGUGCCGAGGGCGUACGUCGUCGUAGCCAAGGGCGUUGCAGAAAGCAAAAAGACCGAGGAGGAGAUUGUGGGCUGGGUUAGGGGGAAGGUCGCGGGGCACAAGCGACUUAGGGGCGGCGUGAGGUUCGUGAAUGAGAUCCCGAAGAGCGUGAGUGGGAAGAUUCUGAGGAGGGUGCUGAAAAUGAGGGUUAAGGAGGAGGAGGAGAACGCUGAGGUUGCGGUGUCGGAGAAGGCGAAGUUGUAG